AUGGCCAGCAUCCAGACCAAUACCGUCGUUUCUUCCGUGUCAAGCACUUCUGCCGCACCGUCAGCGGCCCCCACGGCAUGCGGCGCGACUACAUACGAUAUCCCUACUCAGGACGCUGCCUGCGCUGUCCUCGGCACUGCGAAGAAAGACUCGAUGGAAAAAUGCUGCAAAUCACCAGUUGUGUCCUACGACAAGGGCUGCGGCAUGUACUGCCUUGCCUCUGGCCAGUCCGUUGGUGACCUGGUCAACUGCCUUAUCGGAGGCGGCUUUAAGGACGGUGACGUCUUUUGCAACAAGCAACUGAAUGCCACUGCCUCCGCCAGCCCGACGUCUACGAGUUCCCGCGACGACAAUCGUGACAAGAACAAGCCAUCCGCCACCCAGACCAGAGGCGCUGCGACAUCCAGCGGUGCUGCUGAUACAUUUGUACCCCACCAGCCCAUGUCUAAGCCUGCGAUCGGGGUUUUAUUCACUCUAUUUUUCUCCGCUUUUGCUGGUAUGAUUUUUGUGUAG